ACACCUGCAGCUCAUGAGGGCGAGAUGAGCUGAUGCCAGUUUUUAAGUACUCUUAGUCCUGAGCAGCUGUAAAGCACGGAGUGUCUCUGUGCCCCAUCCUAAGCCGCUUGGAAAAAAAAAAUCAGCUUCUCCAGCUGCACACCUCCCUUUGAAAUGCAGAUACCAAUAAUCAUUUAAUUUGCAGGCAAUUAACAGCGACUGCCCCAGUCGUGGGUUUUGGUUGGAAGGAUUAAGGAGGGAAGUGGCUGCUAUGGGGUGGUAGAUAAGGCUUUUAGAGAGAUAGUUGCUGUGGUCUAGCUAUGCUUGAUACUGCUUUAAAGAUGCCAGUUUUAUCUCUUAGAACCAUGAUGAAAGGCUUCAGGAUAGUAGGAUAAAAUGCUGGAUCCCACCUGGAGCUGUGUGCAAGAAGCUUCAGCUAGAAAUUGUGCUGCAUUGCACUUACAAGGUCUAUAGUAGAUACCCCUGCUUAUGCUUGGUAUGGGAAUAAGUCCCCGAACUCUGUGGCCUCUUUCUUGAGCCUUGGCAAUCACUGCUGUACCUGGUAAUCGGUUAAGUCUCUCUGAGCCUUUCAUACUCAACCCAAAAUGCUUGUAAUUAGUAAUUUUUUUCCACUCGUAAGUGCUGCCUGUAAACAUUACGGCUUUCCCUGUGGCUGCUGAUAACGGAGGUUCAACAGUGACAUACCUGAACUGUUCUGUGGAAGCAGGGAUGCAGGUUGGAUAUGCCCUGGGCAUUGGGAAGUAGCAGUAACUCUGGAAUUAUGGAGAAAAAACCAACCUGAAACAUUUCCUUACCACUCAGCAUGAUUUAGCAAGCUGUACUAGGUAGCUAGGUAACAAUUUAAGUGCUUUUAAGAUGUUUGUUUUGUACACUGCUCGAACACUCAGCCCACAGUUUGAGACUGUAUGGAAAGGGAUCAAAGGAAAGAGGAAAUACUGCUGGUCUCUGCUGCCCCAGCCGCAUGUAGAUCUGCGGUUUCUAUCUAGCAGUAGUUUAAAUGGCCACUUGGUUGGAAGGACCACCCUUUCCUUUUCUGGGGAGAGAGAUAACUGAGUUAUCAGAGGAGCUUAUGCUGUCUUAUGCCUCCUGGAAGAAAAGAUUAAUAAGCAUGAGAAUGACAGAGCUUUUGGCCCACGCAUGAAUUGUUUGCACAAGGCUGAGCACCGGAUUAAUAUUUUGAUAUCGUUCUCAAUCAGGACGGUGCUGUAGCUUUUGGGCUGGCAUAAUGAAGAGCUGUUUUAAAGCAUCAGCGAAAGCUUCCUCACUGUGAAAGGUGCAGCGCUCUUCCUGCCACGAGGGAAUGGGUCGUCUACUCCCAGGAUCAGUCACAGGCGCAACAAGCAUGCAGGGGAUCUCCAGCAGCACCUGCAGGCCAUGUUCAUACUGCUCCGCCCAGAAGACAACAUCAGACUGUAGCACUUGUACAAUGGGCUUGGUGCUGCCGCUGUGGAGUGACACCUUGAUCCACCUGGAUGGGGAUGGAGGCUUCAGCGUAUCAACAGAUAACAGGGUUCAUAUAUUCAAGCCAGUGUCUGUACAGGCGAUGUGGUCUGCUCUGCAGAGUUUACAUAAAGCUUGUGAGGUGGCACGGAUCAACAAUUACUACCCAGGGAGCCUCUUCCUCACAUGGGUCAGUUACUAUGAGAGCCAUAUCAACUCGGACCAGUCGUCAGUCAACGAGUGGAAUGCCAUGCAAGAUGUCCAGUCCCACCGGCCCGACUCGCCCGCCCUCUUCACUGACGUCCCAACUGAGCGGGAGCGCACGGAACGGCUAAUUAAAACUAAGUUAAGGGAGAUCAUGAUGCAGAAAGAUCUGGAGAAUAUCACGUCAAAAGAGAUACGCACCGAGCUGGAGAUGCAGAUGGUCUGUAACCUGCGAGAGUUCAAAGAGUUCAUUGACAAUGAAAUGAUAGUGAUCCUUGGGCAGAUGGACAGCCCCACGCAGAUAUUUGAUCAUGUCUUUUUGGGCUCGGAAUGGAAUGCCUCCAAUUUGGAAGAUUUGCAGAACAGAGGGGUGCGGUAUAUUUUGAAUGUGACUCGAGAGAUAGAUAACUUCUUCCCUGGGCUCUUUGAAUACCAUAAUAUUCGGGUAUAUGAUGAAGAAGCAACAGAUCUUCUGGCUUACUGGAAUGACACUUACAAAUUCAUCUCCAAGGCAAAGAAAACCGGUUCUAAGUGUCUGGUGCACUGCAAGAUGGGAGUGAGCCGCUCGGCAUCCACGGUGAUCGCCUACGCCAUGAAGGAGUACGGCUGGAACCUGGACAGGGCUUACGACUACGUGAAGGAACGGCGCACCGUCACCAAGCCCAACCCCAGCUUUAUGCGACAGCUGGAGGAAUAUCAAGGGAUCCUGCUGGCCAGCAAACAGCGGCACAAUAAACUGUGGCGCUCGCAUUCAGACAGCGACCUCUCAGACCAUCACGAGCCCAUCUGCAAGUCUGGGCUGGAGCUGAACAAAAAGGAGAUCACCACCUCAGCUGACCAGAUCUCAGAGGCAAAGACCAAUGACAACCAGCAGCCGAUGUCUCCCAUCUACUCAGCUGAGCUAGACAGGGAGCAGCAGCUCCCAGAGGAUGCAAACAUGAUCGAGGAGAUGUGUGUGAAGGAGGGAAGAAUCCACCUAGAGUUUACGUGUCGAGAUUUCCACACUGAGCAGAUGGAGGACAAGCUGAACCUGAACAACAUCAAUGGCUGUACAGCAGGAUGUUGUGUAGACUCUGUCCCCCCCGAUAACUGCCAUGCUUCUGAGGCCUUAAUGCAACUCCAGCACCCCUUGGAAAUAACAGAGUUUCCUGAUUUGACGGUGGAUGACCUAGAAAAAGAUGCUCUUAAGCCUGAUAUGAACGUGCACUUGGUUCCCAUGGAAGAAUUCACUUCGUGCUUAAAAGACUUUCCCCAAUCCCCAAACCAAAAUUCACCGAGUCUCCACCAGAAUCCCCAGCCCGCAGUGACAGACCUCAGUACAGACAGGAUUGAUUUCUUCAGUGCUUUGGAGAAAUUUGUGGAGCUUUCCCAGGAGAGCCGGUCACGCACCUGCUCCCAUUCCAGGGCAGAGGAGCAAGGGAGUGGAAGGAAUGGGGUCUCCAGGGUGCCUGUGCUGGAAGUGUCGCCUGCUGCAGAUGGGGGUGUAGACGCUCGAAGGAACAGCUCUGGAAACUCUCCUCAGGCAUCGGAUGACUCUUCUACAGAUGAAGAACAACAAAAGGAGGUCCCUGAGCUGCCUAGCACAGGCCAUCUCACAAGAUCCCACUCGGAAAAUGCCAUUUCUGUGAAGGAAAUUAUCACAGAGAUUGAGUCAAUCAACCAGGGAGCAGGACCAGCCCAGCAGAAAGAGGGUUCGGCCAACCUCGCCCAGACACCAAAGAGGAACACGGUGCAUGACCUGCCAGUGGAGGCCAUUUGGGCAUCUGAAAAGGUGGAACAGAGUGAAGGAGCCAGUGCUGGACACCAGGAAAAGGAGAAGGACCCUCUACAAGCUGAGCAAGAAGCUGCCCCCUCCCUGCAGGCAGCUUCUGGUAAAUCAGAUCUGGAGGAAGGCAGCCCAGGGGGGGAGCAGCAAGAGCCUCAUGGCUCCAUCAACCCCAAGCCCAAGUGGUGCCCCGGCUCUGUCCGGCGAGCCACCCUGGAGUUCGAGGAGCGCUUGAGACAGGAGCAGGAGCACCAGCACGCGUCCCCAGUCUGUGUCUUACCCACCCGCAAGAACUCCAGAAAUGACUCUCCCGCUGCCGAGCUCCUGCUGCGGGGGAAGAGCGAGGAGCUGCCCCUGGAGCUGGCUCCGGAGGGUGACAAGGUGCAGGGUCCAGGCACUGAGGAGCUGCUGCCGCCUCCUGGGGCAGGGCUGCCUGCACCCCUUGCCUCCCCUGCACUCGAGUCCUCACCUGCAGAGCCCAGCCCAGAGCAGGGAGGAAUGGCACAAGAGUGCAGGACAGUGGUGUCAUUUGAUGGGACGGAGGAGCCAUCCCUGCCCUCCCUCCCCACAAAGAGAAUCGAAAUCAUUGAAUAUGCUCCCCCGGUCAAAUCUGCAGAGCGCCCCGAUGCAAGCUGUGAGCAGAGCGGGCUGGCCACAGCCACCCCGUCUUUAGAUGAAAACUUGAACCCUUCGUUGUGCUCAGAGAAGGCACCAACCUGUCUCCGAGCUCUGACGCUGGUAAAUCUCUCACUGCCGGAGCACGCGGUACACAAGCAGGCCACCUCCACUGCGGGCAGCCCCAGCAAGGAGGGUGCUGGGUUAUCUGUUCACCUCGGUGCUGCUUCUCCCUCUGCCCAGGUGACCUCUACACCUUCAGCCAGCCUGGAUCGCUCUUCUUACCCCUACGUAAUUCACCUGGAAGGUGUCACCGAGCAGAGCACGGGUACAGACGAUGAGCCGGUCACACCGUGUGGCGUUGAGGGAGACGCGACUCUCCCAUUCAGGGACGAACCCAAGCCUCUCUGCAGGGGUGGUGCCAGCACCUCGAGGCAGCUGAGCGGCAAGGACUUCACCAGCCAAUGUGCUGAAAACAUGGACCUUGUGGACAUCUCUUUCUUGUGUUACGGCCUCCCUCACAGCUCCAGUAGCCACAGCGUGGAGGAGCGCAGCAACAGCCCCGGGCUGGUCAAGCAGCGAGCGAAGGAAAUAGAGGCUCGGAUCCGGCAUGCGGGGCUCACCACACCCUCCCACAUGAAACGCUCGGCAUCUUUGGCCAAACUGGACUGCCUGGACCUCUCCAAGGACGACUUAUCCGAGAGGGAAUCGGCCUCUUCUGAUGCCAACCCGGUGCUUCUCACCUGCGUUGCCCUCAGUCGAGGCUUUCGCGAGGGGAGUUUGGAGAGGGGCUCGGAAAGCGCGUGCGGAAAGCAUCGCCUUUCCUCUCCGGAGCCCGCUAAGCAUUUUGUGGAACAGCUCAGAACAGCCGAGUGCAUUGCCCAGAGCAAACCGGUGGAGAGGCCGCUAGCUCAGUACGCCAAAGAGUGCGGCUCCAGCCAGCAGAGUUUGUUUUCCGGCACGGAUCCGACGUGGACUAGCUCCGAGGAGAGUCCCCCGCUGCUCCAGGUGCAGGUCCUGGACUCCUUGUCUCUGGCUCGUGGUCUGGCUGUUGCACCCCGGCAGCAGCACGGGAGAACUCACCCUCUGAGGAGGCUCAAAAAGACCAAUGAUAAAAAGCGGACAACCAAUCCCCUCUACAAUACUAUGUGAUCCUGAGCCCUCAGCUGUGAUUUCUUACCGAGAACCCGUGGUGUUGUGUUCACACAAGGGGCAGGUGUAAUAUAAGGAACAUGCACUUUAUUGGUUAAUUUUAUAUAUAUUGUCAUUUUACUGUUCCUGGCGCAUGUAGGUGUGGGUUGGUUCUUCUGUGUGUGACUCUGACUGCAGGACUGUUUUGGUUUGUUGUUGGUUUUGUUUUGUUUUUUUUUUUCAACUCAGAUAACCUCAAAUGUUGGGGUUUUUUUGUUAAGUUUGUUUUAAAAGAACACCUUUAUGAUGCAAAAAUUGAUGUUGGCUUGCUUCGGCAAGUUUUGCUUAGAACCAGAUCCUAGUUUCUAACUUGAAUUUUCCCCAUGCCUUGAAAGGGUGCUGGGCAGUUGUUGGGGUGAGAGCCCCCAUAAACAUGAAGGCUGUGGCAAGGUCCCUUUUUUUGGGCUUUCUUUCAUUUCUGCAAACUGGAACUGUAUGAUGCUAGCAGAUCACUCACAAAGCUGCUUCAGGACAAACCCCUUGGGCUCAGUUUGGCUGGUGCAUCCCCGAAAGGAGCACAAAGGGGUAAAUCCUCCUGAUGGAUGGGCUCGGAAAACCCCGGGCAGCCUGGCACCGAGAUCAGCGCUCCCCUCCUGGAGUGGGUCACGCAGAGCCCCCCAUGUUUUGGUGAAGUGGAGCAGAGCUCCUCCACAAGCUGCCCAGCUCGCUUCUCCUCGGCUGCCCUGGACAUACGGGUGAGAGGAGGAGAAGCCCCCAAAGCCAGAGUGUUCUUUUAAAACAAACGCCUCAUUAGGGUUUUAACCCUCCCAUUACUUGAAUACUGCUGUGGGCCUUCCAAGUUCAUGGCCAUAUCAUCUGUCCUCUGCCCUCCUGCUGCCUCCCCUCUGCCCCAAAGCUGUUCUCGUCUCGUGCUGCCUGAGUCUUCCUCUCCCCUCUGCCACACUCACAGGAACUUCUGGUCGCUCCCGAACCUAGAGGCUGUUGUAAUUGUUACAUGACACAUUGCCCCUAUGGAAUGCAAAGCUUUGUCCUCUCUGCUGUCACUCCUAACACUCAACCCAGAGGGAAGAUCUUUUCUGGAAGUUUUUUCUUUUUUUUUCUUUUUUUUUUUUUUUUUUUGCCUAAAUUGUAUAUAUGGUAUUUAUAUAGAUUUUUUUUUGUCGUUUCUAUGGUUUUUUUUUUAAAAAGGGCAAGACUGCAUUCUGUAAACUGGAAAACAAAACCACCUUACUCAAACUCAGUGCUGUUCGUUGUAAUCUGCACGGAAAUGGGAGUGGGUUUGACUUUGUAAGCUGUCUUCCCUUUCCAAAAGUGAGCCUUGAUGCCAGCCUUUGCCAAAUGUCUCCCUUCUCCUCCAGUCCUGUGUGAACCCCUGUUACCCCGCUGUGGGAGGGGAACUGUGUAUCUGCCCACUUGAAGCUGGCUGUCAGCAGUGCCAGUCGGACAUGGAAGGCCAUCGGCUGCUCUGAGCCAUUCUGCAGGUUCUUGCUUCCCCGGAGAACCUGCAUUGGAAGGGGCUGCUCCAAAUUUCAGCAAAUUAUUUUACGGUUUCCGAGCAGUUUGGCUAAAGCAAAGCUCCUCAUUUGCAGCUGUAUGUAUCAGCAAAUUGUAUGUGUGCUGUAGGAGCAGAGAGGAAGGCACUUGGCCGUGGCAGGAGAGCUCUGGGUGUCCUGUCUGCAGUCCCGUGGCAAGUCUGUGGCAGAAGAGCCAGUCUGAGCUGGUGCUUGGCUCUGGCCCAGACCUGCCCUCCAGGGAGGAGUGAAGCAGAAGAUGCAGAAUGGCUCCAGCUGCUGAAAGCCCAGCAUGGAGAGGAUGUGGUGUGGGAGGAGCAGCAGACAAGGCCAUGCCUAGAAAGCAGCACUGAUGCUGCAGAGCCUUGCAGGCUCCGAUGGGACAAGCUCAUCUUGAGCCGGAGAGGAGCGCGCAGCACCAGAGCACUGGGGAGUAUUGGGAAGCAGCAUGCAUCUGCCCUGGGGAAGGGGUGUCGCUAGCCCCCGAGCUUGCCAGCAGCAGAGGAGAGCCUAACAAUUCGCAAGGUAGAUCCCACCUCACUGUCCUCCCCCAGCUCCCAGGGAUCCUCCAGCAGCAGCGUGCGCUUCAUCCCUCCCUUCCCAAGGAGCUGGAGCUCCGCUGGGGGGCUGUCACCUGUGCUAGUGGCAGGCUGGAGCCUAGCCCGAAGUAGCCCAGCAGGGCCCUGUCCUGGCUCAAAUAGCGUGUCAUCCCAGGCCAUUUCAGUCACCCAAGUCCCUGGCCCAGGAGAUCAGAUACUUCUUCGGGACACUGAAAGACAUUUGGCUUCUCCUAGCCCACUCCAGCUGGCUUCAGAGCUGGGCGGGCAGCAUGGAAAGGCCAAGUGGCUCAUGUCAUCUUGUGAAGGACGGUCUCGGUCCUUGCCUUCCCCACAAACCUCGCCAGACCCUGCUGCCACCAUUCCUGACCCCAAGGCCUUGUCUGCCUACCCCUCCACAGGUGGAAGGGAUGGGGUGCCACCAAACCUGCCUGGCAUUGAAGUGAGUGUGCCUGGCUGGCACUGUGACCUGGUGACAAGGAUCUGCUUGGGAGGGGAAAAGCCCUGUGUAUAAUUCCUUCCCGUGGGAAGGGGGGAGGAGAAGAGGAUAGGGUUUCUUUGCCCAGCUGGAUCUCAGGAGAUGUGCGCUAUAGGAAGGCUCUUCCAUGCAGACCAGAAAUGCUGCUUCUUUCCAAUACUCUGCUGCUGUCGGGGCGCUUCAGCUGGGGAGGGCGGCGAAAGGGCGAAGGGCUGUUGCAAGGAGGUGCUUUGCUGUCCCCUUGUCCUCGGCUCUGGCCCAGCACAACGGUGUUUUUUCUCUGUGAAGCCUGUGGAUGGGCGGAGGGAGUUGGGGAAGGUGGUUCGCUUGCGGAGUUAUGAAGGCCUCGGAGGUCUGGAGGCUCUGGGAUGGCUGGAGGGAAGGGGCUGGAGGGGCACGUCACGUGCAGCUCUCCAGGGACCCCGGCUCCUCCUCAGCCAGUGUCUGGGCAACGAAGCCACCGAGCCCCUGGCAUCCAGAGGUCUCUGCCCGGGGACAGUUGUCCCUUCUCCAUGCUGGUGGCUCACGGGUGGGUGGGUGGUGGCUGGUUCCUGUGGCCACCCCAUGAGAGCUUCUUGUGGCCCACUGAGCACUGCGGGGUGCAGCACCUUCCCCGGAUGGAAGGAGCAGCACCCCCAGGGUGCUCAGCAGCUGACAAGCCUCGCUGAUAGAAGGGGUUUAGGAGAAACAUGUUGUUUUAAGGGCAUUUUUGUACAAAACAAUUGUUCUUUUGGUCUCUUGCAAAGCCCUCUCGGAGGACGCUUUAUUGUUUACAUUGACUCUUGUACAAUAUCUCAGCCAUCGCCUCCCCCCUCGCCCGCCCCAUCUCCGGCUGUACUGUAACGUGUGAGCCUUGCACAAACGGAUAGCGUGUGCGUGAAACUGGUUUUUACACUGCGUUCUGUUGCACUCGAUGGUGUGUGUGUGCGUGUGUGUGCGUGUGUCCGGUCUGCUUGAGAAGUUGUGACAUGUACAAAUCUCCCCCCCUUCGGCCCUUUCCUGGGGGCACGGUCCCAGCGGGUGGCAGGAGGGGCAGGCGGUGAUGCCGCUUCUGGCUCACUUGGAUGUUAAACAGAGCAGGGAUUGGCUCUGUGCCCCUCUGCCAGCAGAGGCCUGGUGGAAGGUAGCCCACCCCAGCUCUGGCUGCCCCUGGGACCUCCUGGGAGGAGCGAGCUGCUGGGAAUUGCCAUGGGCACCUGCCGGGGGGCUCCCGGAGCCUCGCAGCUCUCCCAGCCGGGUGGCAGGAGGAAGCCAUACCUGCCGCAGGUCCCCUGCUCCCGUCACAGUACAUCCUGCCUUAAUCUGGUCCUAGCUCCACGCAGACCCCCACAUAUCUCCCUAAGGGAGGGACCCCCCAAGCCCGUGCUGGCGUGGGGCAGAGGCAGGCACCGGCCUGGCACAAGUGGGGUCCAGGCUGGGCAGGGGGCUCCCCUCCGGCAGUGCCACCAGAGGUGCUAACAGCCCGCCUGCUCUGCAGACAUCUCUGUUGGCACAAAAGAAGGUGCCAGUGCCUUUUUAUUUUCCUUGAUGGAGAUGCGGUGUCCUUGCGCUGGCUUGUAGGGGUUGCCCCAGGGCCGGGCAGCCCUCGGGACGGCCGGCGGUGGAGUUGCAAACUGGGGAGGGGAGCGCUUCUGGCUGCCCCUCCUGGAUCUUCCACGGUGGCUGGGAUCGUCCCCUUUCCCCCUAAAGACUUUAUGACCGAUGUGCUCAGCUGUUUUUAAAUGUGAACUUGUGCACUGAUGUGCAGAUUCAAUGUUCUUGUUACCGAAUGAAUAAAGUUUUAUUUUGAAGAUGA